CUAAGUCUGCCCGAGGCAUUUUCUUGUAUUGCACUGCUUGACUCGAGGAGACACGACGUGCCCUUCGACAAGUUGCAUCACGCUAUCGCAAUCUCAUCGACCGACUCCCUUUACGUCUCGACUUCCUUGUUAUCCGAUCCGUGGAACCAGCAAGAAUCACAAGACAUUGUCAAGAUCACCGAAUGGCCCCAAACGACAUAUGAGGUCUUUGACGGGUGCCUUGAUGACCGCUUCGGCAGCACCUCGUUGCAUCUGAGGUUUACUGACGAUGUUUCUGGGAUCGACGUAGGGCCUAGCUUGUGCAAAGACUCAAUGGUGUACUUGGUCGAAGCACUGAUCUCGCUGCAUGACCACAAAUAUUGGGUGGCUGAUUUGGAUGUCAAUAAAUCACUUCAGCGCGCAAGUCUUCGGCGGGUUCGAUCGUAC